AUGGGUCUCGCCGAUUAUUUCUCCGACAUCAUCUCCUCCCUGAGCUUCCCUGAGGCUCAGGCUGAGGCUCCCGCCGAGACCGUCGAGGAGACCCCCAGCCAGGAGGCCCAGCCCGAAGAGAAGUCCGCCAGCGAGGAAUCGACCGGCGACGAGAGCUCCGAGAAGACCGAGGAGUCGGCCGAGGAGACCCCCGCCGAAGAGACUUCCGAGGAGGAGGAGCCCGAGAAGGAGGAAGAGGAAGAGGCCGAAGAGGAGGAAGAGGAGGAAGAGGAGGAGGAAGAGGAGGAGCCCGAGGACAUCAAGCCCCAGCUCGAGGAGGAAUGUGCCAACUCCUCCCAGUGUGCCCCCGCCAAGCACCACUUCGACGAGUGUGUCGAGCGUGUCACCCAGCAGCAAGAAGAUGAGGACUACAAGGGCCCCAAGGAGGACUGCGUUGAGGAGUUCUUCCACCUCGCCCACUGUGCCACCGAGUGCGCCGCCCCCAAGCUCUGGAAGUCCCUCAAAUAA